CGUCGCCGUAUCGACGUCUGAUUCACCUCGAUUCAUCUUUCCUUCACCUUCCUCUGGAUUGCUCAGGGCUUUAUGUUUUCAUCAGCAAACACCUUCCACCCACCCUCCCGGUUAAUCGCGUGUUGAACAUACCCUCUUCUUUUUCCUGCACGUUUCGGUGCUGCCACUCAUUCCUGCCUCUUCUCUGGCUCCCGGUGUAGCAUCCGGGUGACGCAGAACCAUUAUCCUUUGCCUUUCUACAUUCGGAUCGUGAGCUCAUCGGCCUGGACGUCCUUGGACUGACUGGAAUAAUGUCGCCCAACGACCUGCAAGCCAUGCUUGCCAACUUGAUGGUGAAGCCUCGCGAUUCCCCAGCCCCAUCCCAGACGCCACACCAAUCCAACUCGGCAGGCCAAACCUCUCCGUUCCCAGGCGCCUCAUCGUUGCCUUCGAGCCCUCCUCCCCUCACUUCUGUUGCGAAUCAUAGCUCCUACAGCCAGAUGGCGCAGCCAGUCGCAUCCGCCCUCCCUGCCAACCCGUUGCUGGGCCUGCUCAAUUUUGCGACCACUACCUCGACACCUCCCAAGGCAAACUCCAGGCCUCUUUCUUCUGCCGACAAUGCCGCUGCGGUUCCCGAGGACAAGAAUGGCGGGCCAGUUGUAAAUGCUGCCGGGCAGGGACCGUCGCCUUCGACUUCGGAUCUCCUCGCGCAGUUUUGGUCACCUUCUCCUGCACAACGCGGCUCGACAACCCAGUCUCCGCUGAAUUUGGAAGAUCAAGGUGGCGGCGGUGGUAAAGAAAAAUCUACGACUGGUCGCGAUGCGGCGCAGGAGGCGCUAGACAAGCUCGUCAGAAGAAACCAUCUCGGCAAUUCCAUCAGCGCACGCCAGAAUCUGGUUGAGAAGCCACCGAGCCCAUUACCGGAUGCCAACUCUGACGCGAAAUCGGCAGAGGCAAAGCCGACGAAGACGGAGUCACCAGCUCCUUUGUUCGGUCCCAAUUCCACCGCUGAGGUGCACGUGUUCGGAGCUCUGGGUAAUGACACUAAAUCGUCGACUCAGGAUCGAACCAUAUUCAACCACAGGAACCCGUUUGAUGACCUACAAGCAUUGUUGAAGGCCUCCCGGGCACAGACACCGAAGGAAGGAGUAGCUUCUUCCAAGGAUGUCAAUGUUGAAAUUCCUGAAUCCAGUGUCGACCCCAGUAAUGAUAUCCCUGAAGACACAGAUCCACCUGUGGCCGCAGGUGGCCAGGUUACCAAGAGGAAAAUACUCACUCCUAGACUACCUCUGGCACCAAAGAAUACCAUAGCAUCGCGCGAGGAUUCAGCCACUGCAGCAACGCACAAGGCCGCCACGGAGGACGCAGCUCCGGCGGAAGAGAUUGCAGCUUCCACUCCAGCGGAGACGAAGUCGACAGGCGAGACGAAAGAGGAGAUUCAUCUGAUAUCUGACAACGGUGCAAAACAGGACGAAAGCUCCACCGCGGAGAAAAUUGUCGACCAGCUAGCCGACGGCGGUGAUGAAUGGGAAGAUACAGAAGAGUCUCCAAAUAAGGAGUCCUCAAGGACUGUAUCUGUUUACAAUUUCCCCAUCAAGCCCUUUGUUUCGAUCACCUUGCAGUUGACAGAACCUUCGAGCGUCGGCAUUAGAGAUGACGGAGUGAUGGAGAUAUCAAGACUGAAGAAGGAGUUCGAUCAACUGGACCGUUCUUUGGCAGCUGCAACAUCAAAGUACAUCGCCUACGCCUUGGUGAAGAACGGCGGGAUGCGCAUCAUCAGACAAGAUGACGGUAGUGAUCGUCAAGUCUUCAAGAAUUCCCAUGACCGGAUAUUCAAUGUUUCACUCUGCACCACCUCUGCUGCUGGCGAACCAUCGGAUGAUCAGGCGCUCCUCGGGACCGGAGUCAGUGGUACUGUGUAUUACGCAACGAUCAAUAAGGACGGAAAUGACCUGUUUGAGAAGAACGAGCUUGACACCGAAAGCCUCAUCUUCCCGCCUUACCCACCGGCUGAUGAGAAUGCAUCAGGUGGUGUGCUCAAAACCCGGGCAAAGAGAAGCUCUCGCCAUCCCGAGUUCUUCGCCAUUGGACGCGGCAAGGCAAUCCAUCUCGUCUGGCCAGCCACCGCGCUUUCCCCCCGCUACGGUGUAAGUGAGCACAAUCGACGGGUCGAUGUCGAGAAAUUCUUUCAAGAACGAUCGCUUCAGAUUUCAACUGGGAAGGCGGGGAAAGACUUCACCUUCAGCGAGGAUGAUACUUUGAUCGUUUCUUUGGACAAGACCGGAAGAUUACGAUUCUGGGAUAUUCGUAAACUGAUUGAUGAGUCAAAUGCAACUUCAACUCGACUUGCGAGUAUGACUGUCGAUGUGCCGAUCUUGUCCCUCUCCACCGCAUCCCCGGCAGAGAAAUCGUGGCCGACGUCGGUACUCUUCGUUGACAAGGCUCGUCCAUAUAUCAGAGGGGGAGCGCUCCGCUACGUACUUGUCGGCUUGAGGCAGAACCACACUCUUCAACUAUGGGAUAUUGCUCUAGGCAAAGCCGUUCAGGAGAUUAAUUUCCCUCACGAGAAUGAGACUGAUGGUAUUUGCAGUGUGUGCUAUCAUGCAAAUAGCGGGAUCAUUGUUGUCGGCCACCCGACCAGAAACUCGCUCUUUUUCAUUCAUCUCUCUGCGCCACGUUACACGAUUAGCACUUCGAUGACCCAGGCUGCGUAUGUGCAACGUAUUGCUGCCAAAGAUCCAGAAUUACCAAAGCCUGAUUCUACGGCUUGCAUGAGUGGCAUCCGUGAAAUGUCCUUUGCAGAGAAGGGUCAGCUUCGAAGCGUUGAGCUCCUUCCAAUUUAUCGGACUACCGAGGAGCAGAGGGCUGUUGACGAGAAGACGUCGUUGUUCGAGCUCUAUGUCGUCCAUUCAAAAGGCGUUACUUGUCUCAAUAUUACAAAGGAGGACCUGGGGUGGAAUGCGAGCAUGAAGGUGGUCGAUGGGAUUGAUGCUGCGAAGCAAGGUUACGUCAGCUUGAAAGAGCUGCGCCUUGGGAGUGUGAUCGAAGAGGGCCCUCGAGAUAAGAGUCCAGUCGAAGAUGUGCCAACAAGUAAGAGUUCGAAGAAAAAGCAAGGAAAGAAGUCUUCGUCCUCUGCCGAACGUGUGGAGUCGGCACAGGCCGAAGACCAGGAACCCGGGAAACAAGGGGUUACACAGCCUCUCAGCAAUGGCGCCGAACCGCUCACAGAGGCGACCAACAUUGAAACUCCAUUGCCGAAGGAAAGCAGGAAGAGUAAGAAGAAAUCCGCCCCAUCCACCGAACCACGGAUCCCUGACAAGGUCGCCGUCGCCGACCCUACAGCCAAACCAGCUCCAACGGCUAUAUUCAGCCCAGCACCUGCAGAUAUGGCACCCGUUGAGGAGCAAACCUCUGCAUCAGCAGCUGCGGCUGUUCCGCUUACUUCAACCGCUGAAGCAUUGGCGAAACCAGAAGCGGUCAGUGUUGGCAUCUCGGGUGGUUGGCUGGACAAGGAACUGAAAAAGGUCGAGAAAGCUGUGUCCACGGAAUUCCGCAAAGAGCUGGACUCCCUCUAUCAGAAUAUCCAGAAUGAUAGAAACGUCCAGGAUUCUGCCGCGAUUGCCCGUCAGGAAGCUCUCCUUCGUUUGGUCUCCACCACUCUGAGCAACAACGUUGAAAAAUCACUCUCUCGUAUUCUCUCAGCUCAAAUGCAACAGUCGAUUGUUCCAGCAAUUACAGCGGCCACAGUUCAAGCUGUGAGUAGCCAAGUGGGGGAAGCUGUCGCGAAAUCCCUGCAUUCUCUCGUGCCUCAUGAGAUGGGUGUGCAACUACCUAUUGUGCUCAAUACAGCUCUCCAGAGUCCGCAAAUGAACCGAACGAUAUCAGACACAGUGUCACAAAAGAUUUCCAAACAGAUUGAGACUCAGCUGAACGAUCUCAUGCAGAAACAUGUUGUGCCGACAUUCAAGACCCUAGCAGCCUCGGCAGCUGAAAAGGCCGCAUCUGAGGUUGAAGUCCGGCUCCGGAAUGAGAUCCGUCAACUAGAGAAUGACCGACGAAGUGACCUGACGAGGCUGGAAAAGUUGGGUCAAGUCCUUCAGGCCACUGCCGAAGCAUUGCAGCAAAUGUCUGACACUCAAGUGGCCUUCCAAGGUCAAAUCCUCAGGGAUCGCCGACAGCUCGCCCUUCUCGGAGAAACCAGUUCAUCUCCAGUGUCUCGCCAGGUAUCCACAGCUCGUAUGACACCAUCGCCACGAGCCCUUCCUCGGCCCAUAGUUCAGCGCCAGAAGACCAAGGAGGAGCUAGAGCUGGAGGAGAUCAGCCACUUGAUGAACGAGGGUCGGUACGAGGAAGCUUCAAUCAAGUGGCUACAGUCGGCUCAACCAUCAGAGCUGUUUGACAAACUUUUCAUUCACUUCACUCCAGAGUAUUUGUCGACUGAUGUGUCACCGCUUAUCGCGUUUUCCAUCGCUGUCACCAUCGGGAAUACCUUGACAACAAAUACGGCUCAACGACUGGAGUGGAUCUCUGCUGCUUUCAAUGCGGUGGAUCUUGCUGACCCAGAAAUCUCCGAUCUAGCGCAACAUGCACCGGCACUGUUGAGCUCCUUGAUCCAGAAGCUCGAGCGGCUAUACAUGACGAUCGCGGAGCGUGACCCGACCGAUCCAGCACUGCAAAUCAUGCCGGUUGUUUCAAGGAAGGCGAAGGAGAUGAGGGCCGCUUUGGAGGGGCCAGCUCAGCGUGGUGUUGAUUUUUAGUUUUGCGGAUGGGUCUAGAUGGAUGGCAUCCCUUCACAAGUCUCAGCAGCAGCAGCGGACACAGCAGCGGAGUAGAGGAUUAGAUGGCCAUGAAGGGUUGAGUGCUAUGUCAAUACUGGAUACAUCGACAGUGCUUUAUGAGGCGAUUCCGAGGUGGUGGAAGUUCGGUCAUUGAAGUAUGUGGUGAUAUUCCUGUUUCCUCCUUUUCGCUCCUAGCUUGAUUUCUUCGUCGGAGUCGCGGUUCACAUGCGAUGUAGAUUCAAGGUCCUCCGCGCUGGACUUCGGGCGUGACAAGAAGACUAACACAGAGUUGUCUGCGGGUGGCCUUUCGCACCUUCACCUAUCUCCAUCAGUAGCUGCUGCUCUUCGAAGACCGAAAACUUGCAAGUUCCACAAGCUACGAGAGAGUCAGCGGUUGUGUCAUAUCAUUACAGACAGCAGGGAAAUGGGCCGCUUCAUUGGAGUGACGGAGUCCGAAAAGUCUGGCAGAGGUCAAUGAAGUCCAGGGUUGCGGUACAAAAGCUUCCUUUCUUAUUUUCGUCUCUAAUCCGAGAUUUGUAGUUGAU